AUGCCAGCCGUCGGCGAUAGAGUAGUGCUGAUUCUCGACGACGUCGAGGGCGUCGUGACAGGCGUAAGCAGACCGGGGUGGUUCAUGGUGGACCUCGACGGCUACGACGCCCCCAUCGAGUUCCAGGCGAGCGAGCUGCACGUCCUCGCCGCGAGCAGUGCACAACCGGCACUCACGCAACUCGACGACGCAGUGCUACAGGCUAAUGGCUGGACCAUCACGACGCACACGAGAAAAACGGGCGGCCAGGCCGGCGGCACCUAUCAGACGUGGCUGCCGCCGCGGGGGCGCAAGGCGCUGCGCAGCCGCGUCGAAGUACGGCGCUACCUCGCGUCGCAGCAACGGUCCGCGCCGCCGACGCCGACGCCGGCCGCCGCGCUCCCGCCGGGCGUCGAGAGGCUCCUCGCCAGCGACGCCUUCCAGCUCGCGGCGGCGUUCAGCGGGCCGCGCGGCCUCUGCGCGCUCGCGGCGGCGGGCCGCGCCCUCCGCCGGGUCGACUGGGCGCCGGCCUGGCGGGACCUGCUGGAGGCGCGGUUUCAGUUGGGGCGCCUGCACGAAAGAACUGGCUUGGAGCGCGCGUGUCGACGGGCCAUCGAGCGCCUGGAGACCGAUGGCUCGUGGGCAUCGCUGGGCAUCCUCGUGGUGUAUUUCGACCAGGGCACGUGGGAUGCAGGGCUGUGGAGACCAGGGCUCGUGGGCGACGCGCGGGAGGCGUAUAGAGUGGCCGACGGCGCCUGCCCCAUCUUAUGGCGCGGCCCCGCCAACGUCGACCGGAGCGUGGUGCCAAUGGCGGGCGUCGAGGCGGAUCAGCGCUUCCUGCCGGCAGCUCAAGCGCUCGGCGUGCGCUUCUUCUUUGGGGAGCCCUUUUCGCGGCGGCACAACACUGCCGCGGAGGGGCACCACGCCAUUGGCACCAAGCUUAGCUUUAAAUUCACGGCCACGGACGGGCCGUCCGGCGGACUGUUAGACUGCGCCUACGUCGGCUUAUGUGUCAAGCCCGUCGCCGACGACGCGUCGUGCCAAGUGCAGGAGCUUGACGCCACGUUCAUCUCAUCGGCAGGCUUUGGGUACGGCGCCACGCUCGAGGGCGGAAGCACGUCGCCCGUGUUCUUGGCCGACCACGCAGUUGAGCUGUCUAUUCAGUGGAACGACCGCGGGGAAGUCAGCGCGCAGUGCAAAUUUAUGGCACCGCGGGCGUUUACAAUAACUCAUAACUUGAACUUGCGGCGCUUGCUACGGCGCGACGCGGGUACGGUUGGCCUGGUGCCAGUUAUCGGCGUACCUCGCGGCGCCAAAGCGGCGAUCGCCGCCGCGGGUUAUAGAAGGUCAUACUCGAGCGGCACCAUGGGUUUUAGCAGUUCAAACUUUGGCGAAUGGACAACUCGCCGGAAUUACGAAGGGACAAUAGAGCAGUUCAGAAGUAAGGUGCGGCAGUGCCUGCCGGCGUUGCGCGAGGGCGAUGAUUCCGAGAGCGACGACGACGCAGGGGAUGGCAUGGUUGUCAUGGUCCAGCAGCAGGAUGGGACCUGGAGAAGGACGGGACCCACGACGACUGAGUAA